AUGGCUUUUUCUAGAAAAGCCAUCUUGAGGGGGAAGGUUGGACAGCCGGUUUGGCUGAGAGUGGUUUCCUUUACAGACCUCAUAAUUGCUAACAAUAUACUUCCUGAGGUCUUAUUCAACUGCUUCAUUUACAGGCCCACCAUUUCCUUCUCUAGAUGCUUGUCCCAGAUGUAUCUUGGUGUGUUACUUGUCUCAACAGAGUGCACCAUCCUUGCUGUCAUGGCAUAUGAUCGCUUUGCAGCUGUAUGCCAGCCACUACGCUACCUGCAGAUCAUGAGCUGGAGAUUUUGCAUUGGUCUGGUGGCUGCAUCUGUGUCCCUUUCUUUCCUGAUGACUCUAAUCGCAGGGCUCUUGCGGCCUACUGACUUCUGUGGGCGACACACCAUUAACCAUUUUGCAUGUGAGCUGCAGUCAUUCCUCAAAUUGGCUUGCUCUGACACACACAUUAGUGAGCUCUUCAUGCACAAUUCCAGCCUCUUUCUCUUAAUACCACCCUUUGGCUUCAUAGUUGUGACAUAUGGGCGCAUAGGCCUGGCUGUAGUGCGCAUCCGCUCGACACAGGGCUGCAGCAAAGCCUUCUCCACAUGCAGCUCUCACCUUGCUGUGGUCACUGUCUUUUAUGGGACAAUCAUGAUGAUGUACUUGAGCCCACAAGGGAAAUCUGUUUCUGAAAAGGACAAGGUCAUAUCUUUAAUGUAUGGGACUCUAACUCCCACCCUAAAUCUUCUGAUUUACAGCCUGAGAAAUAAGGAUGCGAAGGGAGCAUUCUGGAAACUGGUUGGAAGGAAAAUAUCAAUGUGA